AUGUCUGGUGACGUAUCCGCUGCUCCGUCUGCUUUGGAGGUUGCCAGCUUCCUCGGCAAAACACUUGGCGCAGGCGCGGCACUGACGGCUGCUGUCUACUUAGCCCGCAAAGUCUGCCUAAUAAUGGCGUGGAAAUCCGGAGGAGCAAGCCACGCAGAGCUAGUCAACAACCUGCGCAAAAAUGGCAUCAUUAAGUCCGACAAAGUCUAUGAAGUUAUGCUGGCCACGGACCGAGCUCAUUUCUCUAGGUGUAACCCUUAUAUGGACUCACCACAGUCAAUAGGCUUCCAAGCAACCAUCAGCGCCCCACAUAUGCACGCAUAUGCCCUGGAGCUUCUACAUGACCAGCUGUACGAGGGUGCCAAGGCCCUGGACGUGGGCUCAGGCAGCGGAAUCCUCUCUGUUUGUUUUGCACGAAUGGUAGGUCCAGAAGGGAAAGUUAUUGGCAUUGACCACAUCAAAGAGCUGGUUGACGACUCUAUAAACAAUGUGAAAAAAGACGACCCCAGUUUGAUCACAUCGGGAAGAGUUACUCUAAAAGUGGGAGAUGGACGACUGGGCUGCGUGGAGGAGGCACCUUACGACGCCAUUCAUGUUGGAGCAGCGGCAUCAACAGUCCCUCAAGCUCUCUUGGACCAGUUGAAACCUGGCGGUCGUCUCAUUUUGCCCGUGGGUCCGGCAGGGGGGAACCAAAUGUUGGAGCAAUAUGACAAGAUGGAGGAUGGCAGCACCAAAAUGAAGCCCCUGAUGGGGGUGAUAUAUGUGCCUUUAACAGACAAAGACAAGCAGUGGUCCAGGUGGAAGUGA